AUGAACUACUGGCACGACGACCGCCUCGAGCGCGACUACGGCGCGGCCCGCGGCGGCCGCGGGGACCGCUACGGCUACGACCCCUACCAGAGGGACAAGAGGCGGAGCCCGCCCAGGCGCGGUGGCUUCAAGGGCGAGGGGACGGACGCGGACAACCGCGUGUACGUGCACAAUCUCUCCUACAGGACGUCGUGGCAGGACCUGAAGGACUUCAUGAGGAAGGCUGGUGGGGUGGAACAUGUGCGGAUAAUGGAGGACCGCAACGGACGCUCCCUGGGCUGCGCCAUUGUGGAGUUCAGCAGCAGGGAAGACGCCCGAAAUGCUAUCAGAGAACUGAACGACACGAUGUUUGACGGACGCUCCAUACUCGUCAGGGAGGACAGGGAGACCAACGACAGCAGGGUGUAUGGGGAUGGCAUGGAUGGUGGUCAACGCGGUGGCUAUGCUCCUCGUGGACACGGAUGGGUUGGCAGUGGAGGUGGAUAUGGCGGUGGCGGGGGAUAUGGUGGUGGCGGGUAUGGUGGUGGUGGAUAUGGGGGAGGUGGAUAUGGUGGUGGCUACAGCAGAGGGCCAAGGUACCAGGAUUAUGGUGGUGGAGGUGGAUAUAACGACAGAUACAGGGGAAGGUCACGAUCACGCUCAAGGUCUCCACCAAGACACAGGCGUGAUACAUAUGGUGAUUCUCGUGGGCGCGGAGGGGCUGGUGGGUUUGGGCGCACAAGAGAAGACCUGGAUGCAGAACUGGACGAGUACUCAAGGAACAGACGGAAGGAUAGGGCUCGUGGUGAUGUGAUGGACUGA